GUCGUCUCCUCUGCAAAGAACUCUCUCGAAAUGAUUCCUCUGAAUCCUUUGGUCAAAGUGCUUGCCGUGGUGGCCAUAGCAAGCGUAGCAUCAGCUGGGAGCAGCGGGUACAGUACCGGCGGGCCACGCGGAGGCGGCAGGUCAGGGUCGGGUUACAGAGGCACUCCAAGGGGCGGAGGCAGCGUGGUCGAGGCGAAACUCGUGGGGUUCGGAAUCCUCCCGAACAGCUUCAUCGACCCAGUCCUUGCCAGUUCCUUCGACAGAUCCGAUUCCGAUGAAGGGAAUGCUGGCUACAACUAUGGAGGUGUUGGCGGGGUUUCUGCGGGUAAUGCUGGUUUCGACGGCGGUUUUUCUGCGGGUAAUGCUGGUUUCGACGGCGGUUUUUCUGCGGGUAAUGCUGGUUUCGACGGCGGUUUUUCUGCGGGUAAUGCUGGUUUCGACGGCGGUUUUUCUGCGGGUAAUGCUGGUUUCGACGGCGGUUUUUCUGCGGGUAAUACCGGUUUCGACGCUGGCCUUGGAAACACAGGCUUCGAUGCUGGUUUCGCCGGAGGUGCGCCCUUCGACUCAGGGAACGUUGGAGGCCAAGGGUCCGUUGGCGGCGUUGGAGGAGGCGCUUCAUUCAACAACCCAAACACCGGAGGCUUUGGCUUUGACGCCGGUACCGCAGGAGGAUUUGGCUUCAACACUGGCUUUGGCGACGGUUUAAGUUUCGAGGUUGAUCUUGAUGACGUUAUUCAUCCCGAUGAUGUCAGCUUUGACAUUGGACUCACUGAUGAUGUCAGUUUUAACGCAGGCAUUCCCGAUGACGUCAGCUUUAACGUUGGGCCCAUUGAUGAUGUCAGCUUUCAUGCAGGUAUUCCUGACGAUGUAAGUUUUAACGUUGGGCCUGUUGAUGACGUCAGCUUUGAUACAGGUUCCGUUGGCGGGGUAGGCUUCGAUACUUUUAUUGAUGACAGCCCGCUCUUCGACACUAGCUUUGAUGUCGAUUACUUUGCAUAGACGACACGGAGAGAUUACUUUACGUGAAUCGCAAGAAGAUACCAAAUAUGCAAG